GACUUUCUACACUUCCCUGCUCUGAUACUUGCAUUAAAAUCAGAAAAAAAGAAGAAGCAAUAAUUAAAUAAGAUCUUGAUUUUCCAUGUCUAUGAUAAGUCCAUGAUCGAGUCAACCUGAGAAAAACUCAGUCAUCUUCUCAAAAUCCAGUUCUCUCAAAUCCCAAUAUCAGAACUCCCCAAACGCGUCCCAAAUUCCAGUCCAAAUGGGAACCAAUCUCCAAAACCAUCCAAACGUCUCUCUUCUCUUCCUAAUCCUCUUCCUCUCCUCUCUUCAACGCCUCUCAUCGUCCUUCACACCUUCAAUCAACCACCUCAUUCUCUGCGGAUCAACCACCAAGGCAACAAUCGACGGUCGAGAUUUCGUUGGUGAUUUCCAUGAUCCCAGUCCAGUCCACCUCUCCACAGAUUCAAAGAUCUCAAUCCAAGACCAAAACCCAACUCCAGAUUCGUCUCUUUACCAAACUGCAAGAAUCUUCAGGAAGACUUCUUCCUACGAAUUCGACAUUGAAACCAACGGCACCCAUCUGGUACGAUUUCAUUUCUACCCUUUCUCCAAUCCGGAUUACAAUCUCAGCUCUGCCAUUUUCAAUGUUUCCGCUUUUGGAUUCCCUCUGUUGAAAGAUUUCAAUGUCCUGAACAAAACCCAUGUCUUAAAAGAGUACAUAAUCAAGAUCAACAGUCAGAAAUUGGUGAUCUUGUUCACACCUUUGCAUUCUUCAUUCGCAUUCGCUAACGCCAUUGAAGUCUUUUCCGCACCUGAUGAUCUGAUCGUCGACGUCGCUCGGUUGGUUAAACCCACCGGAAUCGAGAAUUACAACGGUCUGUUACAUCAAGUGCUAGAGACCGUUCAUCGAAUCAACGUUGGUGGCCCGUCUCUCACACCAUUCAACGACUCUCUGUGGAGGACUUGGAUUCCUGAUGAGGAUUUCCUGAAAUUGAAGUCCGCCGCAAUGCCAGCCAAAGCUGGCGGGCGAAUCAACUACCAACAGGGAGGCCCGACUCCUGAAAUCGCGCCGGAAACCGUUUACGCCACCGCCCAACAGAUGAAUAUAACGAAUUCAUCGAUGGCUGAUUUCAAUAUAACUUGGGUUUUUCCUGUAGAUCUUGGUUCACGACACUUCAUUCGUUUGCAUUUCUGCGACAUUGUCAGUUUGGCUCUUCACGAGCUGUAUUUCAAUGUCUAUAUCAACGAUGAUUCGGCAUUUAAAGAUCUCGAUCUCUCAACCCUAACCACCCAAGCACUUGCCGCCCCUUACUACAUCGACUUCAUCGUCGAUCCUGACAAUUCCGGUCUUAUCAGUGUAAGUGUCGGGCCUUCAGAGCUGAGAACUAAUUCGAAGAAAAACGCAAUUCUAAAUGGAUUGGAAAUCAUGAAGAUGAAUGGUGAAUUGGGUUUCAUUCCAAAGCCCAAGUCGAAGAAUCGUAUCCCUCUCCUGGUCGGAUCGACCGUUGGAGGAUUUGCUUUCAUCUGCAUUUCAAUUGUUUUGUUCUUCUUCCUAUGUCGACGGAAAAGGCCUGAAAAACCCAAAUCAGAGAACAAACCUAGAGAGAGUGCGGCAUGGUCGCCGGUGCCUGGCUUUGGUGGAAGUUCAUUUAGUUCAUUGACUAAUAGAACCAAUCCAUCACCUGGCCCAAAUAUCAAUCUUGGGUUGAAGAUACCGUUCCUCGAUAUACUCUCUGCAACGGACAAUUUCAAUGAGAAAUCUCUAAUUGGUUCUGGUGGAUUUGGUAAUGUCUACAAAGGAGUGGUUGGUGAUGGCAGGAAAGUCGCUGUGAAAAGAGGCAUGCCUGGUUCUAGGCAAGGCCUACCAGAGUUCAUGACUGAGAUCACGGUCUUGUCUAAAAUCCGGCAUCGACACCUCGUUUCCUUAAUUGGGUAUUGCGAAGAACAGUCAGAGAUGAUUUUGGUCUAUGAGUUCAUGGAAAAUGGGACACUGAAGGAUCAUUUGUAUGGUUCGGAUUCUCCCUGUUUGUCUUGGAAACAGAGGCUUGAAAUAUGUAUCGGUUCUGCAAGAGGCCUUCACUACCUUCAUACAGGUUCAUCACAUGGAAUCAUCCACCGCGAUGUUAAAUCAGCAAACAUCUUGCUCGAUGAGAAUUACCUGGCGAAGGUGGCUGAUUUCGGCCUUUCAAGAGCCGUGCCCUGCAUCGAUCAAUCCCAUGUAAGCACCAAUGUCAAAGGAAGCUUUGGAUAUCUUGAUCCAGAGUAUUUUAGGAGGCAGCAUCUGACAGAGAAGUCAGACGUGUAUUCAUUUGGAGUAGUGCUUAUUGAAGUCUUAUGUGCAAGGCCAGCCAUUGAUAUCUCACUCCCAAGGGAUCAGGUGAACUUAGCUGAGUGGGCCAUGCAAUUUCAAAAGAAGGGUUUGAUCGAGCAGAUCAUCGAUCCUCAGCUUGUGGGUACUAUCAAUGCUAAUUCGCUGAGGAAAUUCACGGAAACAGCAGAGAAGUGUUUGGCUGAAUAUGGCGUUGAUAGGCCUUCAAUGGGAGAUGUUCUGUGGAAUUUGGAAUAUGCAUUGCAACUCCAAGAAACAACCAUGCUUCGAGAACCGUAUGAAGACAGUACUACGUCGGCAUCUGGGUCUUCAUUGCCGAUGGUUCGUCGUACUCCUUCCAGCAGCAUCAAAAUAGAGAAUGAGAGUUCGGCAUUGACGAGCAAUGAGAGUUCAGAUACAAGGACGAGCGGAGUUUUCUCUCAACUGCUUAGUAGUGAAGGAAGAUAGUUUGGUUUUUUAUUCCAUUGCAUGUUCUUGAUCUAGGCCAUUCGUUAGGUGGGCCUCAUGCAUAGGAGGAUUGGUCAGUUGCUCAAAUCAGAUGUAGAAGUGCGGUCGGAUUAGCAAGUAACCGAUAAUCAAUUACUUGUAUCAUAUGUAGAUCUUGGGUGGUAUUAAUCUGAAUUGUAGGAUUUCUUUCUAUGCAGAUUAUGUUAUUUGUAUAACUGUUAUCCUGUCCGUUGAUUUGUUCUGCCUUUAAUCAUGUUAGUCACCAUGAAUAUGUAAAUGGGGUGCUCAACACAGGUGGGCUUAGUGUAAUUAUGGUUUUGUUUUGAUUGUAAUGUUGAUGGUUCUGGCUGAUAAGGGAGAAACAAUACCCUUGAAAGGCCUGUUUGGAUGUACUGGAGAUCGUAAUUGUUUUAGAUAAUCUGGCAGAAAUGAAUGCUUAGUUAGAUGC